UGCUGUCAUAUUUCACGAAAGUAAUAAUUACUUUCGUUCUUCCGAAUUAAUUAUUAAUUAGGAAAGUCGCCAGUUAACAGUGGCAAUCACAUUUUGAAUCUCAGUGUUCAGUUCAUCCUCCUAAGUUAGGAAUCCUAACCAUACCUAAGCUUAGAAAAUGGACCAGGAGGAGGAUCCAAACGGAGGUAGUGGAGGAAGAGGAGAUGCGCCAGAACAAGAAGUUUUACUCAACAAGCUUAUCAAUAAUACAGUGAUUGGGGAAAAUAUUUGCAAGCACUUGUCCCUGGCCGACAUGAAGGUGGUAUGCCUCUCGACCAAAGGCAUGUAUGACAUGGUUCGGAAUAGUCAAGCGUUUGCGGAAAAAGCAACUCUUCUCAUUUGCAAGGAGACUGUCUUGUUGGAUAAAUUUCUAGUGGAGACAUGUGAGUAUCCCUGGAAGGGGUUGGAUAUCGAUGUGACCAUUCCGCCAACGGUGGUGGACCUCAUCAUGGACGUUCUUCCCUUUGUCACUCGACUGUAUUUACGGCUCGCCCGGACGGAUAAAGUGGAGGGCAAAGAUUUAACUCGGUUUGUCACCACUCUGCUUGCCAACACCAAGGCGUUAAAAUUUCUCCAACUGGAAUCUGUCUUUUUGGAACAAGUUCUACAUGAUAUUCUCUCGGAUGCGAGUGUGCAAGAGACGCUCUUGAAACUAAAAACGUUGGAGAUUUGUACGGGAAAUAAAAAGAAUGAUGCGACCUAUUAUCUGGAUUACGACGAGGGGGAAGAUCAGCCUUUUCCCAGAAACUUUUACCAACUGUCUUGCAUUGCCUUCAAAUUGACGAGCUUGUCUCUUGGGAAAAUGUGUACUGUCAACGGAACUGAAACUGACCAUGUCAAGUUUAUUCCAGCAAUUAUUGGUUCCACUUCUGAGACACUGCUUGAAUUAAGUGUUCACAUGUGCGAGGUUUGGAAGUUGGAGUCAAUGCAGGUCAUUCACUGCCCAAAGCUCAAACGCCUGUCCGUGACUGCCUACGGAGUGGAUGGGGAGGCGGUAGCAGCCUUCAUUUCCCACCAACCUCACUUGGAACAUUUAUGGAUAAGCAUGAAGGAGACUUUCUCUCUCAAAUUACUCACUGUUGUGCAGGGGAGAGGGACCAAGCUAAAAAGUCUCCACUUCACCAUAAAGACCUUUCCGCACCGUCCCAUUUCUUAUCUUGUGGGCGCUGCUGGUGCUGCUGGAGACCAACCUGCUGCUGCUCCCCCCAUUCAAUGGGACUUCCUCUCAAACAGUAUCACCUCCCUGAAGGACUUUUCCAUUUGCCGGCCAUAUUCGGAAAACGAGGUGGAUGAACUGGGAAUAUCUCGACAUCGCAUCGAAGGGACUGGCGUUUCCUUCCUUAAGGCCCUCCCACCAAGCAUUUCCAAACUAGGACUUCGGGGCUUGGGCGAUUUCUGGUUCGACGUUCAGGAAGAUAGAGUGCUCGAUAAUGACGAGGACAAGAUCGCCAUCCUCUCUCGCUUCACCAACCUCACUGAGUUGAGCUGGACUCGUUGCGGGGACAGUAGUUUGAAUGACCAUUUGGUCCAUUUUAUUCUGGGCCAUUGUACCCAAUUGCGAAAGUUAGAAUUGAGCUAUGCUUUUGCUCUAACGAAUGCUGCCAUUACAGGCGAAGACGAGAACGGAGUAGUUGUGGGCGUCUCAUUGAAGAAUUUGAACGGUUUGGUUCACCUCUCCAUCAAAGGAUGCAACAUUACACCUCGGGGGAUUCUCGCAGCUGUUGGACAUCCCUAUCUUCGUAGCUUGGAAUACUUGGGAUCUCUCGCGUUGUCCACCGACGAUCUUAAGAAGAUUGUUGAACAAAAUCCUAGUCUAGAAUCUGUUGCCGUGCACGUGUCUGGGCUAGAAGACCCACACGAGCUCAAACGUGAAUUAAAACUAGUUAAUCACAGAAUUCGCAAGUUGGUGGACUUGGGUGGGGAAGACGGGGACCAGGAUUCAAAUUCUGAUGCGGACGAACCCCGCCAGUGGGGCGGGAGUGACAUCAGCGGUGGUCCGCCCGACUAUGACGAUUUUUUUGGAGUGGACGAUGACUACGAUUACGACGACGACUACGACGAGGACGAGUUAGACUACGUCUAGCUCAUCUACUUGGUAUUGUAAUAAUAAAUACUACCAAUUGGGGAGCAUCCUUAAAGACUUAAAUGUGAUCUGUAAUAGACUGAUUUGUAAACAAAUUAAUUAAGUGUGUUGGAUAUAUGGUGCUAUUGUUACUUAGGAGUAGCAGCCAUUAUUAGAAUUUUCCUACUAUUAAUACUACGACAUAAAUCCGUAGAGCAUAAUAUAUGUGGAUUAUAAGUGCUAGGCAUAUGUGUUCAUAUUUUUUAUGAAUUUUCUACGGCAGAAGAUCUCAAAUAAAUGCCGUCUUUAUUACAAUAUA